AUGUUCUCACGACCAGCAACACACGCCUUACGGAGCGGCCUGAGCCUCCGGACUGGUAGCAGACGCUGCCUCUCGUCCUUUGGCCAGCCCAAACCACGGCCUCGUAUCAGCCUCCACACCAAAACAUCACAUGGAUGGCAACAGUCUCGUGCCAAAGCCUCCUUCUCUCGCGGCGCCAAAGAACUCUGGGCUGCCCACCCCUACCUGGUCUCGUUGGCAGCUGCUGCCAUUCUCGCCGGCUCUGCUGGUAUCGCCUACGCCAACUACCUCUACUCGUCCUACAUCAUCGCCUCGUUCCACAACUACCCCGAGCCUGUCGCCCAGAAACUCCGUCGAGCCAUCUACUACACAAACAUCGAUCUGGACCCCAAGAAUGCUCUCAAGUACUACAAGCAAGGUCUCGAGCUUGCCAAUGACCUCGGCAUGGACCCCUUCUCCAACGAGAUCAUCGGCGUCAAGAUCCAGGUCUCGGCCCUGAUGGAAAAGAUCCAGAACUACCCCAAGGCCAUUCAAGUCCUCGAGAUCCUUAGAAACGACUGUCUGGCUUGGGAAGAGAAGUUCGGCCAGCUCGACGACCACAAGGAAAAGCGCACACGCAUCAUGAAGCAGCUUGUUGCCAUGUCCGUCAAGCUCGGCGACCUGUACUCGAACCAAUACGUCCAGGACGCAAAGUCAGCCGAGGAGAGACUGGUUUGGGCUUUGGAGACGUCGCUACGGGAGAAGCAACGGAGACAAGAGCCUGGUGUUUUGGAGAAAGAGGGCGAGUGGAUGUCCGACAACGAGAUGGGCGCCUCCAUGGAGGCCCUCGCCCACAACUACGAAGAUCAAAACAAGCACUACUUGGCCACUCCACUCUUCCUGCAAGCUCUGAACUUCAAGUCUGACAGAGAUUGCCAUUCCGUGAUUCUGAUGAACAAUCUUGCCAUCUCCAUAGCCCAGCAGGACCCUCCUCGAACUGAUGGGACAAAGCCUUCGCCACAGGCUGUUCUAGUCGAGAAUGCCAAGCAGUGGGCUCAAAAGGCCCUCGACCUUGCUGCUGAUAUUCAGCCGCCGACCCGCGAUGAGGAGUGCGAUAUAGGCUGUGCUGUUGCACUACACAAUCUUGCCAAGAAGCGCUACAAGGAAGCCAUCAGCCUUGCCAGAGCCAUUGACUUCGAGGAUGGUCUUGAGAACAGCUCGGCUGCGCUUAGGCGACUAUCAUAG